UUUCAGGUGCUGAAGGUAAUACUUUGUAUUACAGGACCUUGUGCCCCUCUGCACGGCAGACUGCCAGUCUUCAUUACAAUGUGCACAGCAUGUUUGGAAUUUCUGAGGUCAAUGUCUCUUUCACGAUGCUGGCAAACAUCCGGAAGAAGCGUCCUUUCAUCAUCUCCCGCUCUACGUUCCCAUCCUCAGGGAGAUACGGCGGUCACUGGUUGGGUGACAAUAAUAGCGAAUGGCCUGAGAUGCACUCCUCAAUUACAGGUAUCCUUAAUUUCAACAUGUUUGGAAUCCCGAUGGUUGGAGCUGAUAUUUGCGGCUUUAACGGUAACACCACGGAGGAGCUCUGCACACGCUGGAUGCAGCUGGGCGCGUUCUACCCGUUCUCUCGUAAUCACAACAGUCUUUACAUGAAUGACCAGGACCCAGCGGUUUUCAGUAGUGCCAGCCAGGAGUCUAGCAGGAAUGCUCUUCUCAUCCGAUACUCCUUGCUUCCGUACCUCUAUACACUGUUCCACAAGGCCCAUGUGAAUGGCAGUAUGGUAGCCAGACCACUCUUCUUCAAUUUCCCUCGUGAUCCGUCCCUUUACGAAGUUGACACCCAGUUCAUGCUUGGUGGUGCUGUGCUGGUCAGUCCUGUUCUUACUCAGGGUGCUACUUCUGUCUCAGCCUCUUUUCCUCCGGGUCGCUGGUACAGCAUUACACCAGAGCCCCCUCUGACAUUCAACAAGACCACCAGCAUGGUUCUAGACGCUCCUCUCGGCAAGAUCAAUCUUCACCUGAGAGGGGGCUACAUCGUUCCUACAAUGAUACCCGAGACGACAACGACGGAGACAGCCCAGAAUCCGGUCUUGCUCGUCGUCUCUUUGGAUGAAAGUGGGACAGCCAAAGGACAUAUGUAUUGGGAUGAUGGAGAUGAUAUCGACUCCUAUGAGAAUGGGAAAUACAGCUGGUGGAGUUUCACAGCUCAAAACAAUUCUGUGGUGUCUUCCAUUGAGCAUGAUGGUUUUUCUGGGUCUUCAAAGAUGGUAUUCUAUGGAGGGACAGUGAAUGGCGUUACCACCAAGCCCUCUAGUGUCACUCUCAACGGCCAGGAUUGUACGCAUACAUACUUGGAAGACGCCCAGUUACUGGAUAUUGCUUGUCCAAAGCUUCCGUUCAAUAAAUCUCUGGUCCUGCACUGGAUCUAGAAAUCAUGCCGGGGAAAAAAAAACUUUUUUUCUUCCAAAACGAGACACUGAUCUGCGUGAAGGUUUGUUGAGAUAGGACGAUGCGUUAAACCACUUAAUUAGGUCUAAUUUGGGGAUUAAACUGACAACAAGGUAUAUUUUAGAAACGGAAGUGAAACUUCCUUGUAUGUAACUUCUGAAAUAUGAAGGACGCAGAAUGUCUGUCUAUAGCCACGUGUCAUUUUGUGUAAAGUAUCAGGAGAACAAGGCGACAUGUAGGCAUGAUAGUGUUGAAAACUUGAAAAUGGCCUUUCUGAAUAUUUGUACCACUAUGCAAUAUAUCAUUGUUAUUGAUUAGGACUUCUUUUUAUUUCAUGUUAUGUUUUAUAUGGGUAUGUAGAUUUUGUAGUGAAGUUAAUGACUAUUCGGAGUGCACAUAAUAGGUGAAACAUUCAUCAAAAUUCUUUGGAUAGAUAGCCUUGUAAUUAAUAUCUUUGAUCUAUAGACGUAAUCCAAGAAUAAGUACUGAUACUCAAUGGGUCUGUUGCAAAUUUUGUUGUAAAUGUAUAAAAAUUGAAUGGUGAAUUAUAAUCAUGUUCUUGGCAUAAAAUGCACUGUAAUCCCAAAUUGUCUAUUUUUACAAGGUAAAUGGAAUAAAAUCAUGACUGUCCUUAUAAAAUGUAUUGUAAUGGUGUAUAAAGUUUUAUAUAUAUCAUUGGUUUAGAACAUGAAUGUAUUUUUUCUAUGUAAGAAUAAAGAGUAAGCACCUGUAAGCCUUUGUCUGAUUCUUCAACCCCUGUAUAAACAGUACAGGUGUGUUUAUUUAUCAUUUUGUGAUGAAAUCAUUGCUUUAGACUCUUAAAAAUUGAAAAGAAAAAAUUAUGGCAAUGUCUUAUGAGAAUUGUGUUUGAUGUACAUGCAUUUCAUUUUCCAACCAUCAGUACUGUUCAUUUUAUUUGAAGGCUAGAUGUUAUGUUCUAUGACAUGUAUUGAUGUUUGAAUGUUUAAGUUCUUGCUGUGCCACAAAUUGUUUAUAAACAAACCAUUGAUUAAUGUUAUUAUCAUCAUCAUCGUUUAUAUAUCAACCUUAAAUUCGGUACAUCUUAUUUUAUCUCAGAAGAACUAGCUCAUUCUUAUUUCAACAAAGCAUCAGAGACCAUUUUAAUCUUGGCUGAAAUGUACUGCUAUUCUAUGCCAUAGGCAAUCUGCAUGUAGUAGCACUAAUUGGCAUGAUAAUUGCAAAUUGAAGCGUCAUAUGUAAGCUAAGAGACUGUUUUUACUUUUGUAUAAUCUUUAUUUACUUCCAACUGAAAUACUGUAGGUUAUUGUUAAUAUAAUGCAUCAAUCAUAAAGAUUUGUGAUAAAGAAAGACAACUUUUCUUUCAACUUUCUUAUAUAAAUACUUAUAAAAUAUUAUCAUUACAAUACAGGCACAUACAUUCAUUGAAGUAUCAAUGGCACAGAAAUAAAUACCAUGAAUAUUUUUGCAAUCUACCAUGAAAAGUACUGUUAUUGUAAGAAAGAAUAUCAUGCUCAGAAUGAUUUAAUUGUGAGAGAUUUAUACAAUUAAAUAGACAAUUUUGAAUUUAACUCAA